CUGAACUUCCCAGCCGCAUUUCAGAAGUUCAGCGCAGUGUUGCCACAGACUCCGCGCGUCUUGCGUCAUUCAGGAUACGGAUCGGCCUGCCGUUGGCGACCUUGGCAAAAGGUGGAGGCGCUGGCGGGGUCCGGCCAGUGCUGCUCUGCGCGCCAGCUGGAACGCACGGGAUGGUCGUCAGAGCGGACGGCGGGGCAAUGAAGGACGAAGAGAGCGGGGAGAUCCUGCAGGAGGAGGUAGUUGCCCUUCGGAGGGACCCCCAGCGUCCCUCGUUCCUCUUAGGGGACGACCUCGGCAGGCUGGCGGAGCGGGAGCGUGGCCGGAGACACCCCCGGGCGCUGCGGAUAUUCAGGAUCAAGGAUGCCCUGCUCGAGUCGGACUUGAGACUCCGGGAGGGAAUCCAGACCUCGAGGAACAGUGGUUCAGACUCGCACCGCUCCUGGUGUGCUCACUGCAACCAAGGCGAUCCUCAGGCUGUGUGGUCUGAGUAUUACGGUCCGGUGCAGUCAGAUGGUAUAAGAAGGAGUACUCUGUUCAGAAUUCCAGCGAAGUACCUAAGGAAUAUCGACGCCGGGGACUCGUCCAAGGACCCGAGCAUCAUCACCGUCAGUAUCUGGCAGGAGUUCAUUCACGGGACGUCGGUGCUGGAGCAAUACAGAUCGCCAGAGGACAAAUACGAACGCAAUCUGUAUAACUCCAUCUUGCAUCACCUCCAUCGCUACUUGCCUUAUGGAUGCGUCGCUUUCUUAUCGUGGCUCUUCUUCCUCUUCAUGUACUUCGGUGUCUGUUGCAAUUGCACGAUCAUCCUGGAGCUCGCUUGCUGGCUCAAGUUUAUGGCUCACCUGGAAAUCCACCAACAAGCGUACAAGUCUAAAUUAAAUGUAAUUUUUAACGGUAAUGCUUUUCAGGGUCCGUGCUAUAUAUUGCUUAGAUGGCACUGUGAACACUGUACUCAGAAGGAGAGGGAAAAAGUAGUCAAUAACUUAAUGAAAAAAAUGAAAAUAGAUAUUCUAGGAUCCAGUUCUCCGACGUAGCAGAUUAUAUGUGAAAAUAGCAUAUAUUCGAGCUUAGGGGGGAAAAAUAUUAAAUUUGCGAGAGAACAAAAGAACAAAAAAAAAAAAAAAAAAAUCUUCCAGGGCUGUGACGUUGUAAGUGAUGCGAAUGACUAAGCUUUUAUGCCUUAUGAAGGUAAAGCUCGGAAUUCGGAAAUGACUCUUGAGCGAUGGCAAUGCAACGUUAUACAUUUUUAAGGAUAUGUAUAUAUGUAUAUAAUAAAAACCUGAAUAUAUAACAUUUAUUUUAUUUUUUUACAUUAUGUGUAUAUAUAAAUACACACAUAUGAAUAUGUAAUAUACGCCAUUUAUCUAUGACAGUGGAUACUGUACGAAACUUAAUAUAAAAGAAAACGCAGAGUCGUCA